AUGGGUAGCAACGGAUCGUCCGACGUGAAGGGUUUCAUUAACCAAGAAAUUGCCAACAAUCAGGUUGUCAUUUUUAGCAAGACGUACUGCGGGUACUGCAGGGCUACCAAACAACUCUUUAGCAGCCUCGGCAAUGUCCAAGUCGCCGUACACGAACUGGAUACAAUGCCGAAUGGAUCUGCCAUUCAGAAUGAAUUGGUCUCCAUGACAGGACAACGAAGUGUUCCCAAUGUCUUUGUCAACAAGCAACAUUUGGGAGGGAACGAUGAUACUCAAGCGGCCCAUCGGAAUGGAAACUUGGCCAAGAUGUUGGCGCAAAAUUAA